AUGGUCCGAAAUGUAUCAGAAUUCCGGCUGAUUCCGAUCAUUCACACAUGGGACGCACGAUACACUUACGUGACCAAUCAAAAGAAUAAGUUCGUGUUUCUCACAAACUCGAAUGCACCCAUGAAUCGACUGAUUGAGAUUGAUCUGGACAAUAACAACUGGAGUAAAUGGAAAGAACUAGUACCUCAUGAUCCAGAAUCGAAGUUAGAACAUGCAGUGAGCGCUGGUCCUCAAUACCUCGUUGUGAAUCGACUGAAAGAAGGCAAAGUAAGAGCAUCUGGAAAAACAGAAGUAGAAAUUUUAAGAAAUGUGCUCAACCGAAGCGAGGGUUUGCGUUGCAUGAAUGCCAUGAGGGCGUUCCACAUCAAUUUCAGUCCUACAUGA